UGUGGCCCUAAGCCUCAGGGUUUAACUGCCUUUGUGACACUCUGUGCCUCUCGCCUUGCAGGUGUGGGUAUGGCUAUGAGAAAAAUGGGAAGCAUGGCCAAACCAGACGUUUACAUCAUUAAGGAUGGGGACACAAUCACCAUGAAAACAGAAAGCACCUUCAAAACUUCACAGUUCAGCUUCAAGCUUGGUGAGAAAUUCGAGGAAAAUACAUUAGAUGGCAGGAAAACUCAGACCCUUGUCAGCUUAAAAGAUGAUGGGUCAUUGAUUCAGGAGCAGGAAUGGGAUGGCAAGAAGACCACAAUAACAAGGAAGCUAGUGGAUGGACAACUGGUGGUGGAAUGUGACAUGAAUGGUGUCAAGUGUGUUAGAGUCUACCAGAAAGCAUGAGGACAUCUUCAGGUUCAGUAGGAACUUGCUGCAAACAACUCAGUUCAGUGGACAGAGCUCCUUUUCACUCCUUAUUUUCCUUUUCCCCGUUUUCUAGUAUUUCAAUGGACUGAGUAGCUGAGUGCAAUUCUUUUUAAAGGCCGUGAUGUAACUAUUAUGUAACUAUUCUGAAGUUAGGCUAUUAAAUAAAAUUGUUGAAUAUAUGAAGUGGAAACGUUGUUACUAUAGUGGAAUUUUAAGUGAGGCUUCAUAAAAACGGAUCUGGUUUUAGGGUCUACUACAAUCUGCCUUCAGCACAAGACAAGCCAAUAUAUUGCAAACAGCUCUAAUUUCUAAAACAGUAAAAUCCUUGAUUGGAACAACUCCACAGCCCAAACUUUGAAUGCUUUUUCUAACCUCCAUGUUACAAAGUAAAUAGAAUUGCCUGGGUAUUACUACGAGAUGAGCUAAACUGGUGUUUAAGUAGAGGAAUGGAUUUUCAGGCUUAGUUUGGUUUUGUGUUUCAAACCCACAUUUUUCUUAAUCUCAAAAUAUAUAUAUAUAUAUAUACCAAUAAGCCAAUGAACUUGAUAAAUCUAGGCAAGCACAUACACACUUUCUUGAAAGGAAGCCUUAUUUUAAGAAGACUUCCUAGCAAAACUCUUAUUCCAUGUCUAGUAACAUUCUAAAAAAUUGUAACCAAAAUCUGCUGAAAUACUGCCUAAAACCUAAAGCCUCAUUUAUUUUAUUUUUUUUUAACUUGUUUGAAACACCAAGCAAUGGAGUUUAUAUGCUUUGAAGUGCCAUAAUAAAUAAUCAGAAAUAUCA